GUGUUAAUUAAGGGAUUCCUUGAUUAAGGGGAAAUCAAAAAGAGCUUUUCUCCUUAAUCAAUGUUAAUCUAUGCCCUUUUCUACUGAAAAACGACUUCAUUAUUAGGGAUUUAAAGUAAGGCCUACUGUAUACAAGGGGUGAAAUGAAGGGAUUUAAGGUCCAAAGUAAGGCCUAGCCUAUACAAGGGGUGAAAUGAAGGGAUUUGUUUUGUAGUGGGUGAGUAUUUGUAUUCUUAAAGUUACGUUUCCAAAGCAGCAUGGCAUCAUAUCAGAAACCUCCACUCUACUGUGUGUGACUCUUCACUGGAAGAAUGAUCUCGUUCUCCGGUCUGUGAGAGGACCAGACGCGGGCAGCGCGCGCUGCUAGCCUUGCCUUGAGAGAGGAUUAGACGCGGGCAGUAGGCUACAUGGUGCCUCUAGGCGGUUCACUUCCUGGCGCCGACGUCUAUUGCAUCCGUGUUUGUGGAUCACCUCCGGCCUCUGCAACACAUUCUACACUGAAUCAGCGCGUGGGCAUAUUGAAUGAACACAACCUCGCACUCGCCACGUGUCUUAAACAAGCCACCGGCACUCAGCCCAGUGUGCGCGAUCUCCCAACACGCCUGUAGAACAGACGCAUACAGGUGACAUGUGUAGGGCAGGCGACACCGCGUGGGGGAAAGUAGCCUAUUUCUGUGUUUUCAAAGUACAAUACAAUAAUGAACACCACAAUUUGCAUCUGAAUUUCUUAACAAUUGUUAUGUCUCAUCAAAUACAAAAUCUCUCUCUCUCUCUCUGUGUGUGUGUGUGUGUGUGGUGAUGAUGACACGUUUUGUGUUUUCUGCAUGUGUUCUCUCUCUCUGUCUCACUCUGAGUGUGUGUGUGUGUGUGUGUGUGUGUGUGUUGUGAUGAUGACACGUUUUGUGUUUUCUGCAUGUGCUCUCUCUCUCUCUCCCUCUGUAUGUGUGUGUGUGCGCGUGUGUGUGGUGAUGUGCUGUAAGUGCUCUCUCUCUCUCUCUCCCUCCCUGUGUGUGUGUGUGUGUGUGUGUGAGUGUGGGUGUGCUGCUGGACAAGGCGUCCAGUCACCGCCCCGUGUUGCUCAACAGCGCGAGUGUGGAGUUGAGGAACCAGAGGAAGUUGCGACAUUCCAGUUGGCUCACCACUGACAGACAGCGGAGCACCAGAGAUCCGUCUUCCCAGCGGAGCACCAGAGAUCUUCCCGGCGGAGCACCAAAGAUCGGUCUUCCUAGCGGAGCACCAGAGAUUGGUCUUCCCAGCGGAGCACCAGACAUCGGUCUUCCUAGCGGGACCACUGUGUCAGCGGAGCCGGGAGCGUACUAUCUCGCCAACAGAAGCUUCGUGAUUUGAUAUCACGUGUCCUUGUCGUGUUUUGCGAGUGGAGUCCCGCGCUGUUCCCCGUAUCGCAGGAGCACAGAGGAUGCCAUCUCUACGGCACUUCACUCUGCCCUGUCCCACCUGGACAACAGCAACACCUGUGUGAGAAUGCUGUUCAUUGACUUCAGUUCAGCAUUCAACACCAUCAUCCCAUCCAAACUGAUCACUCCAAUGAUUUUAAACUUCAAACAAGUGUCCACCCACCAGGAAGAAGAUGUUUGCCAAUGAAGCCAGCUAUGUCUCCUUUGUGGUUGUGCUGGUGUGCUGAUGUUCUUCUCACCUGGGUUUCCACAGCAGCUGACAUCCCUCAGGAUGACGAGUGUAAGGACUAUGGCGUGCCGUUCGAGCGCGUGUUCAGACGGUCUGGGGAGGCAGCCAUGUUUAACUGCUCUCUAGUAGAUCCCCGUGUCUUCAAUGUGUCCACACACCCCUACAACACAACAUGGUACCACCUGCCUACAGGCCAGGAGCAGAGGGCACAUAUGGAACAUACCAUUAUUCAGGGGACAACGCUGUGGCUUCUCAACAUCACUGCAGAGGAUAAAGGGGAAUUCAUGUGUGUUGUCAGGACUGCUGAGGGCUGUUUUAAACAGGCCUAUGUGCUGAUGGUGGAGGCGGAACCAGGGGCGGGGCCUGAUAGGGGGUGUGUCCACAGGGAGAGGAGCAUCCAGUUCCUCCCAGCGCUGACCAGCAGCUUCCUCUCCUGCCCUCUACGGGAGUAUCUGCCCUACCUGGACACCUACACCAUCCACUGGUACAGGAGCUGUGAGGUUUUGCCGAUUAAUGGGAAGUUCCUGGUGAUGGGUGAAGGAGACCUCGUUGUGGACAGCGUUGCCCCUGACGACGCAGAUAACUACACCUGCGUCCUGAGCUUCCAGCUGGCUGGACUCCAGGGUCUUAUGAGUGAGACCAUCGAGACCACUGUCCUUGUGAAAGUCACUUACCAGCCAGAAAUCCUCUUGCCGGAUGGAGAGAUCAACAAAGUUCCCCUGGGCUCCUCUUUCCAUAAGCUGUGUCGUGUGUCAGUGCCUGGAGUGGGAUCUCACGACGUCUUAGUGAUCUGGAGAACACAAGACAAGUACAUCAACUACAAUACAACCCACCGCAUUCACCAGCUGCCACAGAGAGAGGUACCUGUUGCAGACGGGUCGGUGGUGGAGGCGGAUCUGGUGUUCUCUGAGGUGAGAGAAGAGGACCUGAAUGUGAACUUCACCUGUGAGGUCCAUAAUGACCGCAGAGUCCCCCAAGCCAGCUUUAGACUGCAGUCAGAUCCCAACCUGCUGCUGCCCCUGGGCCUGGUGUUUGGGGCGUCGGCCUUCAUGUUUGUUCAGUGUGUGCUGCUCUACCGGCUCUUCAAGAUGGACAUCGCCCUGGCCUGCAGGGACGCUCUGCCACACCUGUACCCUAGCACAGAGGGGGAUGGGAAGGUGUAUGAUGCAUACGUGGUGUACCCGCGUCUGAUUGGUCAGCCAGGCAGUCCAGAGGAAACCUUCGUCCUGAGCACCAUCCCCCAGAUGCUGGAGGGUCACUAUGGUUACCGCCUCUUUAUCUUGGGCAGGGACUGUAUGCCAGGGGAAGCUCUAGUUGACGCUGUGUGCUCCGCCCUCUCUCUGAGUCGCCGGGUUCUGCUCAUAUAUGGUGGUGGGCGUGGCCAGUCGUGUGAUGAUGACUGGGGGGCGUGGCUAGAGCAGCAGCUGGCUCUGCAGCGCUCCCUAUUGGAGGACAAUACGCUGGGUGUGAUCCUGAUCGAUCUGGGGGGCGUGUCCGACUCCGCCGUGCCGCCGGCCCUGAGGCUGCUGAAGGAGGAGCAAGGCGCUCUGCGUCCCGCCCACACACACACGCUCACACACACGCUCACACACACGCUCACACACACGCUCACACACACACACGGCUGCUGCUGCAGCAGGCCAGAGGAGGAGGCGCAGGAGGAGGAGGAGGCGCUGGCCUUCAUCACGCCCUCUCGGCGCUUCUGGAAAGAGCUGCGCUACCACAUGCCCAUCCGAGGGAAACGCAGGACAGGAGCUCACAUACACACGCACACACACAACACACAGCCCCAGUCUGAGACGUAAGAUGUGUGAGAAUGGCAGUUACAGACUUUGGCCUGUAGAGGGGGCUGCUGACUAAUCACUGUUCUAACUUGGCCAGACUGGCCAGGCACCAAACACUCAGGAGUUGAAAGCUCUGGGCAUGUGACAUCAUCAUCUCUGGGCAUGUGAUGUCAUCUCUCCUCCAGAGCCAGACAUGUGGGCAUUGGCUGAAGAUGUCAUCUGGAGUAGAUGACAUCAUGUGGGCAGACGUCCUUAAUCCUCUCCAGCGAUAUGAAGCUCAUCUGGAGUUAUGUGUGUCAGUGGGUGUACAGAGCUGCACUUUUAGAACUGUACUCCUUACACCAGACGCCGCGUGUGUGUGUGUGCGUGCGUGUGUGAGCGUGCAUGCCUGUGUGUGCGCCUGUGUGUGUGUGUGUGUGAGCGUGCGUGCCUGUGUGUGCGUGUGUGUGUGCCUGUGUGUGUGUGUGUUUGCGCGUGCUUGUGUGUGCGUGUGUGAGCGUGCGUGCCUGUGUGUGCGUGUGUGUGUGAGGUCUACCUUGCUCAACUGCUAGAGCUACAGAGCUGUACUUCCUCAUGCCAAUGUGAUGAUGCCAGUGUGAUCAUGCCAGUGUGAUGAUGCCAGUGUGAUGCCAGUGUGAUGAUGCCAGUGUGAUCAUGCCAGUGUGAUCAUGCCAGUGUGAAGCCAGAGUGAUCAUGCCAGUGUGAUGAUGCCAGUGUGAUGCUGCCAGUGUGAUGAUGCCAGUGUGAUCAUGCCAGUGUGAUCAUGCCAGAGUGAUCAUGCCAUGCCAGUGUGAUGCCAGAGUGAUCAUGCCAGUGUGAUCAUGCCAGUGUGAUCAUGCCAGUGUGAUCAUGCCAGUGUGAUGCCAGAGUGAUCAUGCCAGUGUGAUCAUGCCAGUGUGUAUUCAAUGCAACAAAAUAAUUAUUCAAUGCAACAAUUAGAAUAAUUAUGCAACAAAUUAAGCAUUUGUGUUCUUAAAUAAAUAAAUAAUGGUUUCCAUUGA